AUGGCUAGUAAAUGCCAACUUUGUCAGGAGAUUUUUUCUUCUCGAAAAAAGCUUGUGACUCAUAAAAGAAUUAAGCAUCGAAAUAACAAAAUCAUACCUCAUUGCAAUUUACUUAUUCAACCGCUUCUUGAACAAAUCACGUUUUACCAAGAUGCAUUUAUAGUUCUUGUUAAAAAAUGUCUUGGCUUUAAUAGGCAUUCAAUAGGCGCAAAACAAGUUUCAAUUCAUGCUUUUUCAGAAAAUAUAUUCAUUUUUCUUUUUGAAAAUGAACCUUCUUUCCGAUAUAGUCCUGUGCAACAAAAAUAUUCUUGUUUUUUUCAGGGUGAGGCUGGUGAACAAAGAUUGAAACAACUAGUCAAUUAUGAUAAUUGGAACGUGCGACAAGAUCCAAAAUUAAAAACCAUAGGUUAUGUUUUAUUUAUGGAUAAUGAGAAUUCAUAUGGUGUUAACUUUAGUUGA